AUGGACGACGAAGGUCUUCGAGGAGCAUUGGAACUGAAUACCCACAGAAGAGGCUUCGAUAGUCGCGACUUUGAGCACGCGGCUGCAGCAUCAAACCAAAAGCUGAUAAGCCGUGUUUCGCUCAGCGGCAUUGUUUUCCAGGCCUACUUACCGUGCACAUUUUUCAUGAUUGACGUUCUUUUCUGGCUGAGGGCCGUGAAUUUAUUCGAAGAACAUCCGGUUUGGAGUAUGCUUCGACGCUGCUGCCUCAGCCAGGGCCUACCGACACCAGCACCGCCGUGUUGA